CUCAGCGUUAGCUAUGUCUGGAAGAGGGAAAGGUGGAAAGGGUCUGGGUAAAGGGGGCGCCAAGCGCCACCGCAAGGUCUUGCGGGAUAACAUCCAGGGCAUCACUAAGCCCGCCAUCCGCCGCCUGGCUCGCCGCGGCGGCGUCAAGCGCAUCUCGGGGCUCAUCUACGAGGAGACCCGCGGGGUGCUGAAGGUCUUCCUGGAGAACGUGAUCCGCGACGCCGUCACCUACACCGAGCACGCCAAGCGCAAGACGGUCACGGCCAUGGACGUGGUGUAUGCGCUCAAACGCCAGGGCCGCACGCUCUACGGCUUCGGCGGCUGAAGACCCCGUCGCCGUUCUCUCCGCCAACAACCCCAAAGGCCCUUUUCAGGGCCAACCACGUACCCACCGGGAGAGCUGGACACUUGGUGUCGCCUUGUAAGGACAGUCCUCUCUGGGCGCGCCCGAGCAAUCUUGCCGGUCAGGGAUGCUGGGCUAACCGUGCUACGGUGCUGGACCUUCCUUCCGUGUCUCCACCGCUGUCCAAUGGGUCUGGUUGGGGGGGAACCUGGUUGUUGAGAGGCGGUUCACUUUUUUUCAGUGAAGGUGUGAGCAGCCAAGACUAGGGAUCGUGAGCUGUAAACCAGAAUGUCAUCACUUGUUUGCUUUGUAAUUUGGGUGAUUAAAAAUGAAUUUCAUUAGAAGGA